AUGGAAAACUCGAGCGUGAUAAUGUUAGAAGGCACGAUGAAUGAAACCGUGCAAGACGAAAUUGUAGUCGCUUUAGUGAAAGAGAAUCCGGUGUUGUACGACAAAAAGUUCCCGGAUUAUAAAAACCAGGAAGUAAAAAAGGAUACCUGGAGUAUGAUUAAAAUACAGUGUGGAAUGUCAUCAGCUGAAGAAGUAGAGAAUAGAUGGAAUCAAUUGCGAAAUUAUUUUGGAAAAAGACUAAGAGAAAUAAAGGCAAAGCCAGUCAGUGGAUCAGGUGGAGGAGAAAAAGCUAAAAAAGUGGAAUGGUAUCUCAUGGGACUUAUGUCAUUUUUGAUCCCACAUAUUAGUCACCGAAAUAAUACUAGCUCGGGAUGUGAGAAUUUCGUGCAGAACGUUAGUACAGAUAUUGUUAUUGACAAUAAUACUAGCUCAGGAUGUGAGAGUUCUAAGAGCUAUGAUUAUGUUCAAUCAAAGCCUGAAACUAAUUCCAUCCUUUUAAAAAAGAAAAAAGUGCCUGGUUUAGAUGCUUUUGCAAAAAAGAAGCAAAAGAAUGAUAGUGAUGUAGAAAACCUCUUGGCACAGUCAACCUCAGCCUUAACUAAUCUUGCAACAAUUGUGCAUAAAUCUAUUUCUAAACCGAAUCCUUUCGCUGAGAGCAUUGUAGCUGCAUUUGAUAAAGUGCCAGUUAUGAAACAAGUAGAUUGUUUAAUUGCUAUAUUGAAUAUAAUGAAAAAUUAUCAAGCUGAUUGA